AUGUUUGACACUUGACAUCAUCAAUAAAGCGAGCGAUUUGUUUUGGUUUUUAAAAUUAUCGCAAAUAUCUUAAUAAUAGGUACCUAUGUAGGUUAUUAAUUUUGUGUUCAAUUAAAAUGUUGUGAAAUCUGUAUAUAUAACAUUAUAUAAUCAAAAUGGAACAAGUGUACGCGCUUGGUGUAUCUUGUAUUGAGUUUAUACAGGACUGGUUUGCAGAGUACGAGGACUAUUUUGAAGUCAUCAACAACCUAUCCAACCCACACUAUGCUCACGAGAUUCUGUUUCCACUGGUCUCCAUUAUUGACUCAGUAUUCGCCUCUCAGCUACUGCUGUGCUUGUCGUUUGGGGGCUGGCUCAACUCUGUUAUGAAAUGGUGGCUCCUAGAAGACCGCCCGUACUGGUGGGUACAGAUCACCAGCUUCUACGACAAAGCUCAACGGCCGCGGCUGCGCCAGACCGGCCAGAGCUGCGAGACCGGCCCGGGCUGCCCCUCGGGGCACUCCGCCACCAUCGCCACGCUGAUGGUGCUCACUAUCAUGUGGCUGCAGCAUGUUAUGAACGAUAGAAAGUGCUACGUACGAUGGUGGAAAUGCAUAGUGUACCCGCUGUGCGCAGUGACGGUGCUCUCCGUGAUGUGCGCGCGAAUGUACGUCGCAACACAUUUCCCGCAUCAAGUGCUACUGGGGGCGUUGAUAGGUGCAUUCAUGGCCCCGGCUCUAUGCAUCUACGUCACAGACCCAUACAUCUGGCAGUAUGGCUUCCAUACAAACUACAAAGUGGGCCGGGCUGUCUUCUGGCAUUUGUUCAGUGCGGUCAUGAUGAUAGCCAUUAGCAUUGUAACUUAUUACAGUUUGAAGUUGUGCGGGUGGGACCCUAUGUGGAGCGUCAAACUGGCGUUCCGCUGGUGCGAAUACCCUGACAACAUUCACGUAAGCACCACACCAAUGUUCGCGCUAGUUCAGUCCACCGCCAGCAUAGUUGGCUGGUCCUUAUGCGUCACUCCUGCUGUAGCCAAGUACCGUCACUACACUAAAAAUCGCUCGCUGCUGAUCUCUAUGUUCUCCACCGUAGCUCUUGUCUAUGGCAUCAAACAGUUACAGCAUAACGUUACAACGGUAACCGCUUUCCGUUAUUACACCGCCAACUUCGUUAUAACCGCCGUGAUCCCACCACUUCUGUUGAGAUUCGUACCAAUGUUAGCCAUGUGGCCUUAUUCGGGCAAAGAUAAGCUAGAUUGAUUCCAAUCGUUCGUAAUAUUUAGAAGAAUUGAAAAAAAAAAGCAAUCGAUUUUAGUAAAAUUUUAUAAAGUAAGGGUAAUUUGUUUUUAGAUUUUCGUUUUCGAUAAUCGUUUGUCAAUAUUUAUCCAGUAAUUUAUGUGGCCUUAUUCGAUUUUAGGGAAGGAAUAAUAUGUGACGGGCAAAGGCCUUAAAGACGGUGUUUUUAUGGUCUGAAUUGUUUUUGAGUGACAGAUUAAAGAAAUAUGCGUAACUAAAAAUCGACCAUAAGGUGACGUUUCCUAUGAAACGUCACAUAUGAGCAGUUAUUAAAAUCGAAUGAUGUCUAUAAUCCAAAUAUAAUCACUCAAUUUUAUUACAAUAACUGCUUUAUCGUAUUACCAAAAGCAUUCGACUGUGUCAACCAUAUUGUAAUACCGCUUUUUCGUACUUUUUGUACUUUUAAGAUACAUAAUUUAUUUACCGAUUACAAUAAAAAUAUCGAUAAAAUCAUUUUUUUAAAACACAAUACUGUAAAUAGACAAUGUUUGAAGAGAAAUCAUUGUUCUAGUUUUUGGUGUAUCACAAGGGUCUAUUUUGGGUUCGUCAUAAAUUUGUUUUCAUAUAUUUAUAACAAUUUUAUGGGUCUGUAUCUGCAAUCGUUUUAAUUUUGUAAUACUGGCCAGUAGUAUAAUUUGUAAUUUAUAAAUGAAAUAUGAGUGAGAGAAUUAAAAUGAAAUUUAUUUCAGAGAAUUUUUAUAUUAAUAAGAGUUUUUUGUUUUUAAUUUAUAAAAUAUGUAUAAUAUGUAUAGAUUUGUUAAUUUGUCAACAUAUCGCAUUAAUUUAAUAUCUAAAUAAUUCUUAUAAUAUGUGUUACAUAAAAGUCAUUGUACGACGUCAAGCUAAAUUGAGCUCUAAUACACAUAGCUGAAAGCCUAAUUUAGCUUGAAGUCUCUAUAAAAUUAGAAAUCGGUCACAGAUUUUUUAUUUUUCUUUUGUUUAAGUUACCAGUGUCUCAAGAAAGGGUACAAAAUACAGUUCCGAUAAAUUAUACCGCUGUGAUAUAUGCUGUAAAAUAUUUAUUUAUUAAAAGCCUGUGAUGCGCACACCAAACAGUAAUUUAUAUUAUAUUGGUAAAUAAUAUAAAUAUUGAAAAAUCA